AUCACUCAAACAGACUCACCUCAGGCAAAGGAUGUCAAACGACGAGCAAGAAAUCAUGGCACAACAAAAGCCAUUAAGUCUUAUUGCCAUUGUAGCAAUCACACGUACAAACGGUCUAGGAGUGAACGGACAGUUACCUUGGCGACUAUCGAGAGAAAUGGCACAUUUUCGUAAAGCAACUUCUGCUGUAGGUGAAAAUGAAGGAUCAAAGAUGAACGCUGUCAUCAUGGGAAGAAAGACCUGGCAAUCUAUUCCUCCGAAAUUCAGACCUUUGAAAGGUCGGGUCAAUGUUGUCAUAAGUCGUCAAAGUGGAAAAGAAGCAGAAAAAGAACUCGGCAUAUCUCCCGAGGAACAUUCACAUCUAGUCUCAAGUCUCGAUGCAGCUGCCGAUCUGUUGGGUUCCAGCUCAACACCUUCGAUCUAUCGAACCUUUUUGAUAGGUGGAGCUCAACUAUACAAAGAAGCAAUGGAGCGUGAACGAUCACAAAGCUGGUCAUUGGAUAAGCUGAUGAUCACAAGAAUACAUUCGCCUGCAUUUGAAGAAUGUGAUGUAUUCUUGCCAGAAUUCAGAACAUCUGAUCAAAUCAAAGAGGAUGAACGAUUUGCCGGAAUUGGAAAUGAUGAACCUGCUAUUGGAAAAUUAAAGCCUCUUCCUGAACAAAAAUGGUCUGCCGCUUCCGAUCAACAAUUUGAUCAAUUCAUGGGCGGGCCAGUGUCCCAUGGCAUCGAAGAAGAGAAAGACGUGCGUUAUACCUUCCAAUUGUGGGAUCGGAAAGAAUGAGAAGGCAGGUCUGCUGUCGAAUAGAGCGUCAUGUAAUAUAUGUUUGAUCGUGCGUAAAGUACAGUGUGAAAGCCAAGUCUUUGAGAUGCAAGUGAGCGAUCAUCCCCAUGCUGCUUGCGUUGAAUAAUUGACG